AUGGCUACUGUGGAAAACAAACGUGUUUGGUUCACUUAUGAAGAUAGGCGUGUCUCAAAGUAUGUCAUGGAAUUUUUUGAGCUUCAAGUUGGCCAGCAGGAUCAUUUGGUGGCUGCUAGAAAUUUGAGGAAAUGGUCAUGUGAAGACAAAGUAAUCUUUGCUGCUCGUGCUACUAAGCAGAUUGGCGGAAAAGGUUUUGUCAAGAAUUUCAAGUUUUGCUAUGACGAGGCUGAUGACACAGUUUAUUGCCUUGUUCACCUUGAUGAUCUUGCUGCUGACCAUCGUCGUUUCACUUAUAAUGUUGGUGAGGAGACUGGAUGUGAGACCCAGCCCAUUGGGCCAGUUGGGCCGGACCAAAUUCAUGACACUGUAGCGAUGAGGUUUCUUAGACCAAAUCGUGCUGCUGCAACUCUGGACAAUGAAAUUGUUUCAUUGUUUGUGGUUGAGCAUCUGGAUUUAGUUUCUAGUGGUCAAACCAGACUUCUUGCUGCAAAGGGUCUGGAAAAUGAAGACAAGGUAAAGCUGGUAGCUCGUGUUGUCAGGCAGAACAGUGGUGCAUCUUUUCUGCCAAAGUAUAAGUAUGCUUUGGAUGGAGUGAAUGGUACUGUUUAUGUGCUGGUUCUCGACGCUGAAGAGGCUCGGUUGAUGGUUGGUCGUUCUUUCAAAGUUGGAGGUGAAGAAAUGAGUUUUACCUUGUGCUUAACAUUGAGCAGAGGUCUGCAGGUGAUGACAUUUAUCAGUCUGGUUAUGUGGAUAAGGUUUGGCCGCCUCAUGCUGUUUAAUUGA